AUGGCGGGUGCGCGUCUUUGCGCCACCUUCCCUUCUCUCGCACACCCCAUCUUACCCGCCAUCGCGCCGCCCAAAAUUCCGUUAUCCGCCUCCGUUUCCCUACCAUCCAAACCCACUCGCCGCAAGAACUACUUACGCCCCAAAAUUCUCAAAACCCUAAACCCUAAACCCGACCCGAAACCCGCAACCCCUAUCCAUCCCGAACACCCCAUAGCUGAAUCUCCGGUAAACCAGUCCCAGGACAGCCACGAGCGAGGCGACGUCGUUUUGGGAGGAGGAGGAGCUGAAGUUGAGGAAUUAACGGCGUCGGAGACGACGGCGGAGCUCAGUGGCAUUAUUGGUAAAUUUUCUGCGAGAGAUGUGCUAAAAUAUGGGGGCUAUUUUGUUGGGCUGUUUGUGAUACAGACUGUUGUGUCUGUUUUGUUAUUGGGAGAUAGUGAUCCUGAUGAGGAUAGGAAGUCUAAGAGUUUAGGCAAAUCGAAUUUGAAUUCGAGUUCCGGGGAUGAAAUCGGCAAUGUGGUUGGGUUUGAUGAGUCUAAAUUGGGAGAGAAGAUUGAAGAGAUUAGAGCAAUGGCGAGGAAAGCGCGGAAGAUUGAGAAGAAUGAGGCCAAGGGAAGUGAUGGUGGUGAAGAUGAUGUGUUUUCGGUGUCGAAGAACAAAAUGGGGAUUGAAAAGGAGGUUGGGAAUAAGUUGGUUAGCUUGCAGAAGAGGUUGGGUAAGAAAAGGGAGAAGCUGCCGGAUUCGUUUGUGAAUUUUAUGGAAAUGGCUGCGAGGUUUGAAGAUGGGGCGAGGAAGGGUAAUGAGAAUGGGAAAGAGGGGAAUGGGGCGUUGAUGUUUAAAAAGAAGCUGAAGUUUAAGACUCCGACUGCUGAGGUGAAUAGGGAUCCGAAGGGUUUUGGAGGUGAGAAAGAGGAUGAUGGUGCUGUUAAGAAUAAGAGAGGUUCUGGUGGCGUAGAUGAAGUUGGGAGAAAUGCAAGUGUUGGUAUUGAUGGUAUGGAAUUGCUGGAAGCUGAAGGUAAGCAGAAUUUGGAGAAAGAAACUGGGAGGUUAGGUGAAGGACAUGACAGAGAAGCUGGAGAUAUGGAACCACAAAAUGGUACCAUCCACAGGACAAUACAAGAGAGGUCAUCUUCAGAACAUGUAAAAUCAAUCAAACCAAGAGGAUUCGGGAAGAAAAACCCUGCAAGCUUCAAGAAAAAAAUUCAGGGAACUACAGUAAAGUCUGAUGGUCCUGCUGUGCUGAGUUUGAAUAGUGGCUCAAAACAGAAAGAAAUCGAAAAACAAGCACUGGCUAACAAAGCCAGCAGCAAGAAAUCAAACAAUGAAACUGAUCCCUGGUGGUUGCAUCUUCCUUAUGUUCUAGUAAUUUUUAUGCGUAGAGGUUCUGAUGGGCAAGGAGGGCUUUUUAGCAUAGAACUCAAUUCUCAGUCCCCAAAAGGGAGUGAUGCUUCCUACACUGUUGCUUUUGAGGACCGUGGUGAUGCCCAUAACUUCUGUUUCCUAUUGGAAUCCUGUUUUGAAGAUCAAGAUGAUUUCACGGCCAAUGCUGCUCCUUUACCAAAUAAAGAACUUCAUAAGGCUAUAAAAUCAGAUGGCAUGAAGGUAAUUGUUGUAAAGAAGGGGCAGCUUAAGCUGUAUGCCGGGCAACCUUUUGCUGAAGUUGAAAUUGCUUUGCGCUCUUUGGUCAUACAAAACUGAAGUGCUUGCAAUUUUUUUUGUUCCUCCGUCUAGUUCUUCUCCAAUCAGGAUGGCUUUUGAUUAUAGAGUUCCUAUCAUUCUUGAUGUCAAAAUGCCCUUGGUCAAAGUUCCACAAUAUCAAGUGAAGGAUGAUCAGAUUAAACCAAGAGUGCAUCGUUUCUGUGUGGUUAUGGAUAUACAAAGAAUAUAUGAUGAACCCCAGUUGCAGCAAAGAUAUCACGAAGGGUGCAGUUGUGGCUCAUAGAGAUCUUCCCAUAAAUGUUUCCUCUUAUUUUAUAUGAUCUCAGUAGGGAAAUAUUUCUAACAUAGAAUUAGUGUGUUCAUCAUAUAGUUGGGAAUAGAGAUUUACUUAGAGUUAGAUGAGUUCAAUUUGUCAUUGUACAUUGUUCUACUCUUGUAGAGAUGGAGAAACACUGCGGCCUUUUGGGGAUGAAGAUUUUGGACUACAGUUUUGAUG